UCUGGAUGUUCUGAAGGGAGCCACCUAGGCCAAAUAUUCUCAUCCAAUCAUUUUGCCACGUCACUUUCCAAUUAAAAUCCCACAUAUUCGAACGGGCUUCGUGCGGGCUUACUCAAUCUCUGUUAUGUGGGCCAGAUUAUUCAAUUUCUCCCAGCCCAUCAUCCCUCAUCUCCGUAUUGGCGAGACUCAAGCCAAAGCUUCCAAAGCUUUCUCCUCCUCUCAACAACUCUAAUCGCCGUCUCCCCAUUUCUCUUUCCCCCAUGUCGAUUCAAUUCCUCUUCCACAAAUUUUCCCGCAAAACGCCUCCGAUGAAAGGGCUGAAACUUCAAUGUUCUUCCUUAAAGCCUCCAUUCAAGAUCCAUGCGGACCUUCCAGAUCGCCCCUUCGCCUUAUAUCUAGAUCCCUAUUUAAACCCUCAUCUCUGUGACCUCAGCGCUUACCCUUUUCUUUCUUAACUCAGAUCGUUAGCUCUCUACCAUAAUCAUGUCGAAAGAGACCGCAAUCCGCACCGGCGAAUCUUCUCCUCCCCUCCUCUUCCGACAAGUCUCACCGGGACCCGGAGAUUCCACCUUGCAGUUUAGGCUUUUUCAUUUCUGGGAAGCUCGCAAGAAUGUCAAAGGAGUACCAGGGAUCCUUCUUGGGAUGGAGAUGCUCAUGAUCGAUGCGGAGGGGACUUUAGCUCAGGGGUUCAUCGGUUAGAACCGUCGGAGCCAGUAUGAGAAAGAGCUUGAGCGUGGGAGGAUCUACACAUUGACAAACUUCUUUGCAUCCAACAGCAAGGUGAUGUACCAUGUUGCUGAUCAGAGGCUGGUAAUCUGCAUCUCACACGACUCUGCCCUGUCAAAAUAUGAAGAAGACAUUGAAAGCAUUUUGACAGAGCGCUUCAGAGUCCAUUCCUUUUCAGACUUUGAAGCAAACUGCGAUCUCAGAGGGGAUCUUCACGAUAUUGUUGGCCACCUUAAGCUGGUUGAUGGCCAGGCUCUCCAUCAGCGUCCGGUUUUGUGCACCAAGGAUGACUCAGUUUCUCGGAAAGUGACGGUCCAUUUGCAGCUUAAAGAUGGUCCAGUAAUGAACGUCUAUCUAUGGGACGAGGCCGCAGAAAGUUUCCGCCUGAAGUUUGACGCAAGUGCAACCACUCCAACGGUUCUUCUGGUCACAACUGUCAAUCCUAAAAGGCUCGGGGGGAAGUUGUGCUUAAGUUCCAUGUCCUCUUCAAGGGUGUUUUUGGACGAAGAUGUUGACCCCACCAGGGAAUACUUGACCUUGUUGAGUGCGAACCCUUCUGCCACUUCUUUGGUCAACCCUGUUGAGGUUGUCAAAGCUGAGACUCUCACAAUAAGUGAGAUUGCUGCGUUCCUCAAACGUGAGCCUGCUAAGGUUGCCUACUUUGACUGCAUUGCCACAAUUGAUGAUGUCAAGCUUGGGGCUGAGUGGUAUUACAUUGCUUGCAAAGAUUGCCAGACCAAGCUAAACCGUGGUCCGACAACCUUGCUUUGUCCAAAAUGCCGCAAUGAAGAUGCUACUACAUUAGCCAACUAUCGGGUGGAGCUUUCUGUCUAUGAUAAUGAGGAGCAGUGCACGUUCAUCAUCCUCGGAGAUGCUGGAAAAGAGCUCACUGGCAGAAAAGCAUCAGAGUUGAUUGACGCCUAUGUUCAGGAAAACGGUGGAGAUGAGGCUGAGCUUGAAGUUCCACUGCCACAGUGUUUUAUUGACACAAUUGGCCAGACAAAAAAAUUCAGGAUCAAGGUCUCCCCCUACAAUUUCACUUCAACCCGACUUUCCUUGACCGCUACCAAGAUAAUCUCACCAGCAGUUUUACCACCAUAAAAUACGCCACUCAGCACGCCACUUUCUCUUCUUGGCGCACAAAACCCAUCGUCCAGGAGCUGAAGUGGAAAUCUUAGAGGUAGCUGAGAGCAGUGGUGGUGGUACUUCGGCCACUGACGACCAGAAGGAAGCUAAGCGUAUCAAGCGCAGUGGCUAGAUCUCAUACACCAAAAUCACUCCACCAAUGGCUGGUACAGACUGCCCAGUCAGCAUGCUUCCCUAAUAACAGUCUUAUUUCUCUUUAGUCAUUUUGUUUUCCAUUUUGCUAAGACAAUUUCAUUUUGCUAAAACGUUAUGGAUUUCUUAUCUUAUUAAGUUGUUUGGUUUUCAUUCC